UUUGAAUUUCAUUUCCUGUUUGGCCAGCGUGGCAAGCUGCAGGUGAGUGCAGAGCUCAUCAGCAGAGGUGACCAUGCAGAGCUCAUCAGCAGAGCUCAUGAGCAGAGGUGACCAUGACAGAGUCCCAGAAUCGCAAAAGAGCUCCAGCAUGGACCAAAUGGGAGGUACGGGAUCUGAUCGCUGUAUGGGGAGAGGAAUCCGUACUAUCAGAACUACGUUUCAGUUUUUGAAAUGCCAAAACAUUUGUCAAAAUCUCCCAGGGCAUGAAGGACAGAGGCCAUAACAGGGACCCAAAGCAGUGCCACGUGAAACUUAAGAAGCUGAGGCAAGCCUACCAGAAAACCAGAGAGGCAAACGGCCGCUUCGGGUCAGAGCCCAAAACAUGCUGCUUCUAUGAUGAGCUGCAUGCCAUUUUAGGGUGUUCAGCCACCACUAUCCCAACCGUGUUGUUUCACUCCUUCAAUGGAGAUGGAGGCAACAUGGAAGCCCGUUUUGGGGAUGAGGAAGAUGAUGAGGAGGAGGUUGUAGAUAGCUCUAAACAAGCAAGUGAAGAAACCAGUUUUCCCAACAGCCAAGAACUGUUUCUCACACUGGACCUGCAGCCAGUACCCCCUGAACCCACCCAAGGCUGCCUCCCAGACCCGCCAGGCGGAGAAGGGACCUCUGCUGCAUGUGUUUCAAGGAUCACAGGAUCUUCUCCUUCCCAGAGGCUAGCAAAGAUUAGAAGGUGAAAAAAACGCACUCGCGAUGAAGUGUUCUCUGAGCUCAUGCUGUCCUCCCACAAUGACAGAGCACAAACAAAUGCAUGGAGGCAGAUAAUGUCAGAGUGCAGGAAAGCACAAAAUGACCGGGAGGAGAGGUGGCGGGCUGAAGAGAGGGCUGAAGCUGAAAGGUGGCGGCAGCAUGAUGAGAGGAGGCAGGAUUCAAUGCUGAGGCUGCUGGAGGAUCAAACUAAUAUGCUCCAGUGUAUGGUUGAGCUGCAUGAAAGGUAGCAGGAACACAGACCGCCAUCACAGGCCCUGUGUAACCAACCGCCCAUCUUCCCAAGUUCCAUAGCCUCCUCACCCAGACAUCCAAGAGCACGGUGGGGGGGCUUCCAGCCACCCAGCCACUCCACCCCAGAGGAUUGCCCAAGCAACAGAAGGCUGGCAUUCAAUAAGUUUUGAAGUGCAGUGUGGCCUUGUCCUU